AUGCCUUCAGAACCCCCAGACGACCCGUUCGACAGCGUCCUCCACCUGGAAGAGCGCCUGUACCAGCAAGGCUACAGCCAGGGCCUUGCGGACGGCGCCACGGCCGGCAGGACCGAGGGCCGCCAGCUCGGCCUGCAAAAGGGCUUCGACAAGUUCCUGGAAAGCGGGCGGCUGGCCAGCCGCGCCGUCGUCUGGGCCAACAGGAUCCCGUCGCGGGAGCAGACGGGCGGCCCUGCGUCUGCGGAGACGGGGCCGCCGUGCGCGCUGUCCGGGCUGCCCAGCAACCCCAGGCUGGAGAAGAACGUGCGGAUGCUGUACGCGCUGGUGGAACCGGACACGCUGUCCACGGAGAACACGGACGAGGCAGUGCAGGAUUUCGACGACCGGGUCAAGAGGGCGCAGGGGAAGGCAAAAGUGAUAGCGAGGAUGACGGCGUCCGCUUGA